AUGACACAAGAGUUUAUUUUAACUUUAUUUUAUCUAUUUUGUUUUGUAUUGUCAUGUGUAUGGACAGCGAAUGAUUCAUCCUAUACCGUUUCUUCAUUAUCUUCAAAUACUGCACCAUAUUGUUCAUUUUUUUCUAAUCGUGCACCAAGUCCACAACCAGCAUUAACAAAUUGUACAUGGUUUAAAGAAAAUAGUUGUUGUCGAGAUAAUGAAGUGCGACUUAUUUUUUCUCAGGUACGCCCAUUAAUCGGUUCAUCAUCGGACUGUACUGAUUUUAUUAAUGCACUAAUGUGUUAUGUAUGUUCACCAAUGCAAUAUAGAUUCUAUCGAGGUGAACGUUUACAUGUAUGUUUAUCAUAUUGUAAUCAAAUGUAUGAAGCAUGCGCAACAGCAUUAAUGAAAGGCAUACCUGUGGGUGAAUUAUACGCAAAUGGACGUGAAUUUUGUCUUUCACGUCGUUUUGAAAUCAAUGAUGUAAAUAAUUCUGCAUCAUGUUUUUUUGAUGAUUCAAUAAGUCAAAGAAAAAGACAAACUAAAAUCAGUGAUACUAGUGCGAGUUCAACAAAUAUUGAACGAGCAAGUUUUAUUAAAUUAUUUAUUGUCAUAUGUUUAGCUGCAAUGCUUAGUUUUGUUUUAUGUUGA